UCAGCUGUGAAGAUGUUUACGUGCCUUUAAAUUGGGAAUAAAAAUAUUUAAACGCAAGAAUUGUUAAUUAAAAUCAAUUUAAAUACUGUGAAAAAAGCUAUUCCUGGUGGCCUGCCGCUUAAAACUUAAUACCUCAUUAAUUAAUGUUUAAAAUAUAAACCCCAACAUAGAACAAACAAAAUGGACGCCCUAGAACCGGAUGUAUUCACCACCCAAACCAAGGAGCUAACUCCAGAGGAGAGACAAAAGCUGGAGGACCAAAACAAACGUGGUUUCGUGACCGAAUUCAAGGCCAACAAGCUGGAAAUAGAUGCCCAGAGGAACUGGGACAUCUUCUACAAGCGGAAUGAGACGCGCUUCUUCAAGGACCGUCACUGGACCACGCGGGAGUUCAAAGAGCUGCUGGACCAGGAGACAAACGGCGACAAACGCACACUCUUUGAAGUGGGCUGCGGGGUGGGUAACCUUGUGUUCCCGCUGCUUGCGGAGCAGACCAGCGAGGAAGGUUGCUUCAGCAGCGGCAAAUUCUACUUCUACGCCUGCGAUUUCUCGCCCCGAGCCGUGGACUUUGUGCGUUCCAAUCCGCUGUACGAUUCCAGCCAGAUAACCGCCUUUCAGUGUGACAUCACGACGCAACAGGUGCACGAGCACAUACCGGCGGGAAACCUCGAUGUCUGCACCCUGAUCUUUGUACUCUCGGCCAUACACCCGCAGAAGUUCAGGGAUGUGGUGCUGAAUCUGUGGAAGCUACUCAAGCCAGGCGGAUUGGUGCUGUUCAGGGACUACGGGCUGUACGACAUGGCGCAGCUGCGCUUCAAGCCGGGCAACAAGAUAGCCGAGAAUCUAUAUGUGCGUCAGGACGGGACGCGCAGCUACUUCUUUUCCGAGCAGGAGGUGUCCCAGCUGUUCCAGGCGAAUGGCUACGAGAUAGUGGACAAUGCCUACGUGCACAGGAGGACGCUCAAUCUCAAGGAGGGCGUGGAUGUGCCGCGCAUCUUCCUGCAGGGAAAGUUCCGAAAGAAGCCAGAAGAGUGACCAAUUUAGUUGUUGUAUUUAUUUUAAAUCAAUAACAUGGUUCAAGUCAACGUUCAAUAAAUAUUUGUAUGUA